GCCUGCUCCCUCCCUCGCUCCCACCCCGGCCGCCCUCGCCUGCCCAGUGCCCAUGCGCCCCAGGAGAGGUUUAAGGCGGGCGCGGCGGCGGCUGAGACACAGCGCUGCGGAGGUGCCGGCCGGUGUGGACAGCGGCCGUGCCGUGCUGCGCCGCGCCUCUCUUCGCGCUCGGAAGCGUGUUCCGCCGCCAUGCAGAUCACUCCCCUACUUCUCGGCGUCUUCCUGCUCUGCGGCCCCGUGCGCGGGAGCGACAGCUCAGCUUCCACUGCUAUCACAUGCUUUACAAGAGGACUUGACCUUAGAAAGGAGACAGAAGAUGUCCUUUGCCCAGCAAACUGUCCUCUGUGGCAAUUCUAUGUCUUUGGAGAUGGAGUUUAUGCCUCUCUUUCCAGUGUCUGUGGAGCUGCCAUACACAGAGGGGUGAUCACCAAUGCAGGAGGAGCUGUAAGAGUCCAGACUCUCCCGGGACAGGAAAACUACCCGGCUGUAAAUGCCAAUGGGAUCCAGUCUCAGGUGCUCUCUAGAUGGGCUUCAUCUUUCUCAGUGACUCGUACCAACAACCUAGCGCUUGAAGCCGUGGGACGAUCAGUGGCAACAGCACGGCCUGCUACAGGCAAAAGACCUAAGAAGCCCCUUGAGAAAAAGGCUGGAAACAAAGACUGUAAAGCUGAUAUUGCAUUUCUCAUUGAUGGAAGUUACAACAUCGGCCAACGCAGAUUUAAUCUGCAGAAAAACUUUGUUGGAAAAGUAGCUGUAAUGUUGGGAAUUGGAACGGAAGGGCCUCAUGUUGGAGUUGUACAAGCCAGUGAACAUCCAAAAAUUGAAUUCUAUCUGAAAAACUUUACUGCUGCAAAAGAGGUUUUGUUUGCCAUAAAGGAAUUAGGGUUCAGAGGAGGCAAUUCCAACACAGGGAAAGCUUUGAAACACGCAGCUCAGAAAUUCUUCUCUAUGGAAAAUGGAGCACGCAAAGGAAUACCCAAAAUCAUUGUAGUGUUUCUAGACGGCUGGCCCUCAGAUGAUUUAGAAGAAGCUGGUAUUGUGGCCAGAGAAUUUGGAGUCAAUGUGUUCAUUGUAUCUGUCGCAAAACCCACAACAGAGGAACUGGGAAUGGUACAAGACAUUGGUUUUAUUGACAAAGCUGUCUGUCGAAACAAUGGCUUCUUCUCUUACCAAAUGCCCAGCUGGUUUGGCACCACGAAAUAUGUAAAGCCUCUUGUCCAAAAACUGUGUUCACAUGAGCAAAUGUUGUGUAGCAAGACAUGCUAUAACUCUGUCAACAUAGGCUUCUUGAUAGAUGGUUCUAGCAGUGUUGGAGAGAGCAACUUCCGACUCAUGCUUGAAUUCAUCAGCAACGUUGCAAAGGCUUUUGAGAUCUCUGAUAUUGGCUCCAAGAUUGCAGCUGUGCAGUUCACAUAUGAUCAGCGUACUGAGUUCAGCUUCACAGACUACACCACAAAGGAAAAGGUCCUCUCUGCUAUCCGGAAUAUUCGUUACAUGAGCGGUGGCACUGCUACUGGUGAUGCCAUUUCUUUCACAACCAGAAACGUAUUUGGGCCAGUGAAGGAUGGAGCAAACAAAAAUUUCCUUGUUAUUCUGACUGAUGGUCAAUCUUACGAUGAUGUUAGAGGACCUGCUGUUGCUGCACAAAAAGCAGGAAUAACAGUCUUCUCUGUUGGUGUUGCCUGGGCACCUCUGGAUGAUCUGAAAGAUAUGGCUUCUGAACCACGGGAAUCUCAUACUUUCUUCACUAGAGAGUUCACUGGAUUGGAGCAGAUGGUUCCUGAUGUUAUUCGAGGCAUCUGUAAAGAUUUUUUGGACUCUAAGCAAUAACACAAAAAUCUGCUGUUGGAUAGUUUCUGAAACUAAGAAUUAUGAGACUGGAAUGGUCCCUCUUAAAUACACAAGUUUUAUUACAUAUACUAUCAUCAUGUAAGGGCAGGAGAAGGGCUACUUUCUGUAGUCAGUUGAGGGUCUUGUGAGCUUGCUAGAAGUUGAACUUGAUGUGGGAAAGCAGAGUUUGGCCAACAGCUAUUAUUACUUCCAGUACAUUUAUAGUAGCCUAAGUUUUGAAGCUAUGCAUAUUGUGCACUUAUGGCUAUCAGUUAUCAGCAGAGAAAACAAUAGAGUUCUGAUAUUUUUGCUGUCACCUCCUAGGUGCCUUCUUGCAAGUUAAAAAUAAUGUAAUUUUAAAUAUACAAUAAUAUCUUCUGUGAGCCUUCGAUAGUUUAUGAUUCUGUAUCUUUUCAAGGAGUUCUUUUGAUAGCGUGAAGUAUUAUCAGUGCUUCAGUUGUGCAACACCCAUUAGUGCCAGGCAGCUUAAAAAGAGGUAUGACAGAUGUUUCUCUAAUUGAUAGAACUAUAGAGAAUUAUGGAGUCAUUAAGGUUGAAGAAGACCUCUAAGAUCAGCAAGUCCAACCCAAACCCAUCCCCACCAUGCCUAUCAACUAUCUUGCUAUGGUGAACAAUAGUGCCAUCUGGUUGGCAAAAUUUACAUUUAUUUAUACCCAUAGAUUUGCAUUACAUUUAUU